AUGCCACCACUUCAACUUACACUAGAAGAGCAGAUAUGUGCGAUUGUAAGUGAUUUAGCCUACGCUGCUCAUAAAGAUACGGGUAUAGAAGGGCGGUAUUCAUAUGAUCGAGUUCAAACAGCUCUUAAUAACCAUAUUAACAAAAAAAGAGCACGAGGUGAUGAGGUUGGUGCAAAUGCGUUGAGUGAAUAUAAAGUUUCUGACAACCACGAGCAUACCAAUCAAAAUAUUGUUACACUAGUUAAUAAAAAAGCAAAGAAAGUGAUUGUAGGUUAUCGUGGAACUAUGUUAUCAUGGCGUGGCAUCGUCUAUGAUAUAUUCCUUAAUAAUACACUAGUCGCUUUUAAUUCAUUUGGUGGACGUCGAUCUCUGACUGCAUUAGAACACACCCAACGUGUAAAGAAUGAUUUUGGUCAUGGAUAUGAACUCAUUGUUACUGGUCAUUCUUUAGGUGGUUCAAAUGCCAACUUUGUUAGCAAAAUAUUAAACGUACGGGGGAUUGGUUUUAAUAUUGGCAGUGCUGUCCUCGAAGAUCCUGAAUACAAAACACUUGCAGGAAUAUGCAACCAUGAAGACAAAUUUGUCAACAUUCGUAUCAAGGGCGAUGUUAUAUCAUCAGCGCAUAAAGGAAUUUCGCGCACUUAUGAUGGCAUUCCUGGUGGUAUCGAUUUUUCCGGUGUGCAAAUUCAUGCUUGGCUAAAUCCUUCUAUCAAUAUUGGAACGAUUUCAGGAGCUGUGUUUGCUGGUUCUAUUGCAACCCUUCACACAGAUGGUAGUCCCGAUAGCAAUAGUACAAUAACAAUGCAGGAUUUUGCUGUAGGAUUAUUACUAGCACAUUUUAGAAAAGAUCCAGCAUUUUCACUGGAUCCUUGGGAGCCUACAAAUCCUGAUGGUCCAUGGUUACGUUGUGUUUAUUAUCCAGAAUAUAAUGAUAAUAAUCAAAGUUGUCUACCUUUCUCACUUGCACAAACUAACUAUGGUCGAACUAUGUUUGAAGCUGAUUGGCUAUUGAAACAGCUUUCAAUGGGAGUCAACUUAGAUCAAUAUAAUGCUGCAGGACCUUUUCCAUCGCCAUUGCCCAUUCGAAUAUUUCCAGCUUCUCUUUUAGCUCUUGGUCUACGUGAUAGAUUUGAGCUUGAAAGCCAUCAAACAUCACUUAUUGGUGAUGAACAAAAUGCCCGUUAUACUCGCUUAUGGAUUACUGUUGAUCACGAAAAAACACUAGAAGCCUUAUUUCCCUCACAUGAAACUUGUUCAAAUCAAUUAGCUUCAUAUUCAGAACAAAUUGCUAUUGGUAGUAGCAUAGCAAUACAUUUUUCUGAUGUAAAACUCGGUGUACAAGUGAUGCGAAUGACACGAGGAAUAACCGGACAAUUAGAGGAUCUUUUAGAUCCGCGUUUAGUUGAACCAACAUCCAGUGAUGUUAUUUUUGCUAGUUUGAUGACCAAUCAUUAUGAUGAAGUGGCUCAACAUUUUCCUCCAUUACGAAGACUGAAAGAACUGGCUAAAUUACAAGCUGUAGCAAAAUGGAUGAUAGAAAAUGACGUAGAUGUGGAUAUUGAAGCAGCUCUAAAGUGUAUACGAGAGAGUGCACCUAAUGCGAUAGAAAAAGUGCCAGCUCUAGAACGUAAAAAUGUAAAUACACGCAUAUUUGGUGGUGUUAAUUUAAGUGUACGUCAACAAUAUCAUGAUCGAGCUGAACCCUAUUUGACUCUUGAGAAAAAUGAGCAAACUCAGCUGAAAAAUAUGGUUCAUAGAAGUUUAACCAUAACAACUUCAACUGAAAAAGCAUCAUCGACUAUAAUUCCACUUCCAUUUGUCAAAAAGAAAUUCUGUUCUGUUUGUAACAAACCAUUGGAUUUUUCAUCGUUUUUCAAACCUUCCACAUCGUCUAGUGAUGUUUCAUAUUGUGACGAACAUCAUCCAAAUGCAUGUUAUGGUUGUAUGUUGCCUCUCUAUAUUGAUCCAAUAUCUCUUACACAAAUUACCGAUGGAUCAUACAAGGUUAUUACAGUACAAAAUUGUCGAUAUCAUCCAGCUUGUUUCUUAUGUGCUGCAUGUAAUUUACAAAUCGAUAAUGAAUCUUAUAUAAAUGACCCUGAUGUAAUGCAUGUGUAUUAUCAUUCAAAUUGCUAUUCACCACUUCUAUCACACAACCAACAAAAUAGAAACAAAAAACAUCAACUAAAUGAGUCGAAUCAUUUUAUCUCUUAUAAUGAACAAAUCGAAUUAGAAAAGGCGCUCUCCGAAUCGAAACAAAUUUAUGAAUUACAGAAAAAAAAUGAUCAAUUUGUCGAUCAUUCAGGUUCAAAUAAAAAUCCUUAUUCUUUUCGAAAACAUCAAACCAAUGAACAAGAUCAAUGGGAAGACGAAGAUCUUGCUCGUGUCUUGUCUUUAUCAACACUGGAAUCGUCAUCUUUCAUACGAAACAAUGCAGAACUUCGUAACCAGUCGGAAGAUGAAGAAGAUAUUCAAUUAGCAAAAAAUUUAUCUCUAUUUACGACAACUACAAAAAAUGCACCUUCCAUGAAUUUCGUAUGCGAAAUAUGUCGAAACAACUUUAACAAGGAAAGUGAAUUAGAAGAGCACGUCCAAUUGCAUUUUGAUAAUUGA